CUAAAAUAUAUAGUGAAAAUUCAAUUAACCAUAUGUAAAUAAUUAUUAUAAAUAUAUAACUUAAAGUGCUCAUAAUUCUUCAUCUUAAAUAUUCUCAAGAACUUUAGCACUCAUCAUUGAUCAUCAAAAUAAAAUGUGUAUGUUUUGAAAUUGUAGUGAGCUUUUUUUCGCACUUCAGCACCAGAAAAAACUGGGUUGUUUAUAUUUCCCUGUUUUUGUUUUUAUAACAACUUCUUUCUCUUACUCUUACUUCUCUUUAACUAACUCGUAUCAAACAAUCAAUAACUGUAUCUACAAUGGCUCCAAAGACUAAAAUCGCUAAACCUGCUGCUGCCGCCGGCCCAGCCAAACUCACUUAUAAAGAUAUGAUCAAUUCUGCCAUCAUUGCUUUAAAGGAAAGAACUGGUUCUUCUCGUCAAGCUAUUAAGAAGUAUGUUCAAUCCAACUACAAUAUUAAAGCUGGUAAUUUUGAUUCUUUAUUUAACACUGCUUUAAGAAAGGGUGUUGAAACUGGUGAUUUCUUACAACCAAAAGGUCCAUCUGGUCCAGUUAAAGUUGCCAAAAAGGAAAAGCCAGUUCCUAAGGUUGCCAAGGUUGCUAAGGUUGCCAAAGUUACCAAGAAACCAGUUGCUAAGAAACCAGCUGCCAAGAAGGUUGCUGCUGCAAAGAAAGUUACUAAGAAAACUACUGUUAAGAAAGCCGUUAAAGCUGCUCCAAAGAAAGUAACUAAGAAAGCUACAACUACUAAGAAAGCUGCUCCAAAGAAGGCUGCUCCAAAGAAAUCUACCAAAUAAGUUGGUUAAAAAAUGGAAUCCAAAAAAUUUCCUUUUCAAAAAAUUUGAAAUGGAAAAUUGAAGUUUCUAUUGUACAUUAGUUGAAAUUGAAAUUGAGAAAAAAAAGGAGAAGAAAUGAUAUGAUAAGAAAUUUACAAAUAUUAAUUUGUUUCUUCUUCUGUGUCCUUUUCAUUAAUUUUAUCGUUGUUUUAUUAGUAUUUUUCUUUACCCUUUUUAUGUUUAUCAAUAAUGGGAUAAAUGAAUGAUUUUAUAUUUUAAACCUAUCUUGAGAUGGAUUUAAAGAUGAUUUCAUUUUUACCCUUUUUACUAUUAUCUAUUGACUGUUUUAUUAUUAUUAUUAUUAUAUUAUUACUAUUCUUUCUAUUAUUCUUAUUAUUCUUAUUAUUCUAAUUCCUACUAUUCUUAGUGAGUAAUGUGAC